GCACUGAAGGUUCUCUCCUCUUCGGUUCCCGGGUUUAUUGCGCGACUUCUCGCCUGGAAGACACCCGUGUGCCCUCACCCCGAAGCAGACAGAAAACAGACAGGCUCUCCUGCAACUCACUGGAAAAGAGACACCAUGGGGAAACAGAACAGCAAGCUGACCCCUGAGGUGCUGGAUGACCUGGUAAAGAACACAGAGUUUAAUGAGCAUGAGCUAAAGCAGUGGUACAAAGGCUUCCUAAAGGACUGCCCCAGCGGCCGCCUCAACCUCGAGGAGUUCCAGCAGCUGUAUGUGAAGUUUUUCCCCUAUGGCGAUGCAUCAAAGUUUGCCCAACAUGCCUUUCGGACCUUUGACAAAAAUGGAGAUGGCACCAUUGACUUCAGGGAGUUUAUCUGUGCGCUUUCCAUCACAUCACGUGGCAGCUUCGAACAGAAACUCAACUGGGCCUUCAACAUGUAUGAUCUGGAUGGAGAUGGCAAGAUCACACGAGUGGAAAUGCUGGAGAUUAUUGAGGCAAUUUACAAAAUGGUAGGCACUGUGAUCAUGAUGAAGAUGAAUGAGGAUGGCCUUACCCCUGAGCAGCGGGUCGACAAAAUAUUCAGCAAGAUGGAUAAGAACAACGAUGACCAGAUCUCUUUGGAGGAGUUUAAAGAGGCAGCAAAGAGUGACCCAUCCAUCGUAUUACUGCUGCAGUGUGACCUGCAAAAAUAAAAGUGGUUGGCAUCCAAGCAAAACGCCAAAGACUUCACCGAAGAUCAGAGUUUUAUUCAGUUUGCAGCUAUUUCCACUGAAUAAUAUUUGCUUGGACUACCUUUUAAUAGAUCUGCUUCCUGUGUUUAAAACACUUGUGUGCAUGAGAAUGUUCUUUGCUAACAUGCACGAACAGAAGCACACACUUCCUCACAUAAGUCUAUAAACACAUACAUGCACAGAACAAGCUCACAAAUAAGCAUGUAAACACAAACAAAAUAUAUAUUAUACACAAAUAUAUCUCAAAUAGGUUAAAUAGAUGUACAGAUUUCCAAAAAAACUGCCAAUAUGUCAAGUGAGAGAAAAUAUUUUCCAUACAGUCUCACUGAUUUGGUAAUUUAAGCAUCAUUGUAUUGCGCUAUAGAAUUAAGCGACUCAUUAAUUUAUAAAAUUAUAGACUUUAUUAGCCUGAGUGUAUUAUAAAACUGAUUAAUAUCAAAUAAAUCAGGUCCAGUGGAAACAUUACUUACUAUCAUAUUUUUCAUAUAUAUUGUAAGAGCAGAAAUAGACAUUUACAUUCAUCCAGGAAAGUUCAAAUUAUUUAUGUGGAGGAGAGAUAUUUGAGAUUAAUAGCCAGGUCUGUGCUGAUAUAAUUUGUAAUCAAUGUAAAAUGUAAAUUUUAUUUAUAUUUUAUAUUUAUUUAUCAGUUUAAACUUGGGUUCCCAAAUUGCCCAUAGUGUGUGUAUGUGUGUGUGUGCCCUGCGAUAGAUUGGCAUCCUGUCCAGGGUGUACCCUGCCUCGUGCCCUAAGCCUCCUGGGAUAGGCUCCAGGUCUCCGGGACCCUGAAUACAGGAUAAAGCGGUAUAGAAGACGAGUGAGUGAGUGAGAAAAUGAGUUUAAACUUGGACCUUCAGUAAUUAUUAGCACCCUGUACAGUAUUUGACGACAUUAUAAAGGAAUUAAGUGUGCACACAAUACAUAGUCUACUCUCUCAUAGUCAUAGUGCAAAUCGCUUCUGCGGAUUCUUUACACACACUGCUCUGUUUUGUUAUAUUCAGUCUGACAGGAAGUAGGGAAAGAAAUUAACAAUUAAUAAAGUUAAUAGUUACAUUUUGGUUAAAAAUAUUGUAUUUAUUGUCUAUUCAAAAACAGUUUUAAUGUUUUUUUUUUAUUCCUGGCUAUAAAACAGAGUUGAAGAAUUUUAAAAAAGGAAGUUAAGAAAAUGAACAAAUUGGGAAACAUUUUCUGGUAUGUAUUGUUUCUUCAGGUCAGAUAUGUUAAACACAAGUUCAGUUCCAUUUCAUAUUAACAUCAUGCCUAUCUUUAAUGAAAGUGUUACACACACUGUUUUACAUCAAUUUUUAUUCACUUAGAUGCCAUCAAAAUUCUGCAAUAUCAAUUGUUUUCGAUUUGGAAAUUAUUUUGUAUAUGUUGCAUGAAUAUGUACCUCUAAUGCCAUAACUGCAUUUUCCCCUGUGUUGUGAUUUAAACUAAUAAAUAUGAA